UCCAUCAGUUCUCCAUGCUGUAUCUGUCACUCCACCACUGCAGCGGCUCAGGAAACUGCACUGAGCAUGCUCACCACCGAUGCAGCCUGUAGAUGGAGCAAAGUGGAGAAGAGGAGGAGGAGGAGGAGAAGGAAGAGAAAGGGGUGGAGAGAGAACGGCAGAGAGGGAGUCACACAGGAGCUGCACAAAGCACUGGGAUGCUGUUACAGCUCUGAACAUGGGAAGAUUUGUCAUUGAGAGCACCGAUGGAGUGUGAAAGGGGAAUUCAAAGGACUGGAAUGUCUGAUUGUCAUCGCCAAAGAGGAGGAGAUAUGUGAUAAGGGACUCUUGGACGGCGUGGAGAUGUAUGCCUUCUACUCCCUUUUAGUCUACAUCUUCUACACUGUCUUUAAGAAGGAGGAGGAAGCCUUGGAGGGGGCGUGUGGAACUUCCUCAGACGAGCCAGGACCUGUUUCCAUGGGAACAGGGAGCAGAAGGAGAGAUGGCCACACCUCCAAAAUGGGAAAAAAGGCUUGUGCUCUGCUCAGUGACUCAAGCAGUAGCAGUGACAGUGACGAAUUGUCUCUGAGUGAUGAAGAUGAGAAAGAAGGCCCCGACAUCCCAGCAUGCACUCCUCUGGCUGCCUUUUUGUCCUUCAAGCAGGAGGCUGAGAAGAGGAGGUCCUCACAAGUUCAGCUGGAGACAACAGCAAAGCUGUCAGAGUCUCCCCUGGUGGCGGUGAUGUCCCACUUGCUGAGUUUUCUGGAGCAGUACUCCCACUUCCAGCAGCUGCAGCAGCAGGCCGACCAGUACCGGGUCCAGCUGAAGAGGCACCGCGUCCAGCACCGGCGCCAGAUGAAGGCCCUGCGAGCAUCCUACCGCCAGCGCCUCAGGGACAAGAACAGCAUCAUCAGCGGCUUGGAGGAGGCCAUCAGCCAGCAACAGACCCCCAGUCCACUGAGUGAGGGUGAGUCCAGCAGUGAUGCAGGGACACAAGCUGGGGUUCACAGGCUGGUGGAGUCUCUGUACGGUCUGCAGGGUGAGAGGAGUAAGCUGAGAGGAGAACUCCGUCUGCUGCACUCACAGCUGGAGCAGAAGGAAAAAGACAGGCACUCUCGCAUACAGGCCUUUCAACAGCAGAUCGAUGAGCUCAAGAGUGGCAUAGAGGAGCGCGAGGAGGAGCUGUCCAGACUCAGAACAGCCACCGGUGCCACAGAUUCAGAGAAGCGGGUUCUGUGUCUUUCAGCAGAGAACGAGAGUCUGAAACAGAAUCUGAGCGUUACUCAAGGUCUCUUGCAGCAGCUGUCAACCAUCCCCUCCCAGUCCAGCACCAUGCUCAUCAAGGAGAAUGAAAACCUUCGCAGCAGAGUGCAGCAGCUGGAGAUGUCCUUACAGCAGCGUGCUGAGCAGCUGUCACACCUGGAGCGACAGAGCGAACAAAGCGAGUGGAGGAGAGGAGAAGAGCUGAGGAAACGGGAGGACCGAGUGAGGGAGCUGCAGCUGGAGCUGGACAGAGAGAGAGGCAAGGAGCCUGUGGUGAAGUACGUCACCCAGACUGUGGAAGUGGAAUCACCUGCCACAUUAAAGCAUCUGACUAAAGCCAGACAGAGGAAUGAACUGCUGUCCGAAAAGCUGUCCAGUCAGAAUGAGCGGUGCAAACAGCUGGAGGAACACAUCAGGAAGUCUGAUGAAUACAGCUGUAAUCUGCAGCACAAGAUUGCAGCGUAUGAGAGAGAAAUCAGUAAACUGAGAGAGGAGCUGUUGAAAGAGAUUGGCCACUUGGAGGAGAGGAAGGAAGAAGCUGUGAAGGCUGCUGCCAACUGCUCAGCCGAGCACUUUCAGAACCUGCAGGACCAAUUCUUCAGCUUGCAGAAGCGCCUGACAGCACUCCCUCCAACUUUACGCUCUAUGAAGACAGACUACACCAGUCUGAGGAGCCAGGUUCGAAAUUUCUCAGACUUUUAUGGAUCGGCUAUCAAUGAUGCAAAAAAACAGAUUACAGCAGCUAUCAGUGAGAUGUCUGAAGCCAACAAAGAUCUUCUGGAGAAAUAUAGGAAGGAGGUUGCGCUGCGCAGAAAGUACCAUGAGCAGCUGGUGGAGCUUAAAGGCAACAUCCGUGUGCUGUGCCGUGUGAAGCCCGUGCUGAAGGAGGACCAGCAUGAGGAGGGCCAGUCUGUGGUGGUGACCACGGACGCCAACAACGAAUCCUCACUCAAUGUGCUGAACAAAGGAAAGGGUCGCCUCUUUGAACUGGACAAGGUCUUCCAACCACAGGCCACACAAGAAGAGGUCUUUCAGGAGAUUGAACCCCUUGUGACGUCCUGCAUUGAUGGCUACCAAGUCUGCAUAUUUGCCUAUGGCCAGACUGGUUCUGGAAAAACUUACACCAUGGAGGGCAGUGUGGAGAAUCCAGGCAUCAACCAGCGAGCCCUCAAGCAUCUUUUCAGUGAGAUUGAGGAGAGGAAGGACAUGUGGUCUUACAAUGUCACUGUGAGCUCUGUGGAGAUCUACAAUGAGGUGCUAAGAGACCUGCUGAGUAAGGAUGGAGAGAAACUGGACAUAAAGAUCAACCCGGACGGAACAGGACAGCUGCAUGUGCCGGGCCUCAGGGUCAUCGAAGUUAAGAGCUUUCAGCACAUCAAGAAGAUUUUAGCCACAGCCCGAAGGAACAGGAUCACCUUCGGCACUCAGAUGAACCAGCACAGCUCCCGCUCCCACGCUCUGCUCUGUAUCACCGUUCAGGGCACUGACCUCGCCACCGGCUCCAAAACCACCGGCAAGUUGAACCUGGUGGACCUGGCUGGCUCAGAGAGGGUAUGGAAGUCUGGUGCUGAGGGAGAGAGGCUGAAAGAGGCCCAGAAUAUCAACCGCUCUCUGCUGGCACUGGGGGACGUGAUUCAGGCACUGAGAGCUCGGCAGACUCAUAUACCUUUCAGGAACUCUCGCCUUACAUACUUAUUACAAGACUCCCUGGGCAAAGGGAGCAAGACUGUCAUGGUGGUGCAGGUGUCUGCGCUGGAGAGUAAUGUGGGAGAGACAUUGUGCUCACUGAAGUUCGCCCAGAGGGUGUGCAAGGUGGAACUUGGUCCUGCAGCCAGGAAGAUUGAAUCUGGUGGAGGACAGUGUGACUGAAUCAGCCACUUUCCUGUCCUCAGUGAUCACCAGGAAGCCAUGAAUCCACCAGUCAGAUUAUCUCCCUCCCUAUCAACCAACCAUAAUGCUACAGUAUCAAGAUCAACUGCAAUCCUGCUCAAGGGCUAAAUCUGCGGGGUCCGUGUGGCACCCGAAUGCCAACCUUUAAUUGAGGUUAGAUAUUAAGGAUGUUGGCCUCCUCCAUUUUCUGCUUUUGACAAGUGAUAACCAUUUAUCAUUAGAUAAUCUGCAUGCAGGAGUAUUUAUUCUUCCCCUCUGAGUGCCAAAACAACGUCUGACUACCAUACCGUCUAAGAUUUGAUGCUUCCUCGAACUACAAUAUCUCGGUUUCCUUUUAUUAAAUAUAAAAAUCCAGGAUUUAUUUAUAAACAGCAUCAUGUUCAAACAGGUUCAAUGAGCUUCCAGAGCCACAAUAUCAACACUUCAGUUUUUGUAGUAUUAAUCAUCUUGCUAUAAAUGUCCGUAGUUUGUGAGCUUCAUCUCCAAUGUUGUAUAUUUUUGAAGGUUGUAGUGUAGGAGAAUCUGUUAUGUAGCAAAAGUAUGGGCAGUUUACUAUUUCGAUGACACUUAAGUCACAUGUAAGUGUAGUUUUUGUGAGCUUUCUGUUUCUCUUUAGAAAGCCUUGAUAAUUUGCCUUUUGAGGAAAUCUGUUGAAGGGAUCGGGUAGCCUUGUACUGAGAGUGGUAACAUAAUGAAGUGUGCAAUAUCCUCCUCAUCGAGGAGGCAGUUUGGGCCUAUGUGGACAGAAGAUGCACUUUAUUGAGUGUUUCAGUUAAAACAGGUAUUUAGGUGCUUGCAAUAGAUAUCACUUGUGAAUGUCAUACCAAAAACAGCUGAUUGUUAUCUGUUCAUCAUUGUUCUCUAUUUAUCACCCAUUCAAUCGAAACUUUUGAUUCAAGUGUAGCAAGACAUUAAUGUUGCAGUAACUAUGAUAGAGAUCAGAGGUCACGUCAUGAUGAUUAGAGAUUGAGUUUUCAGAUAAUUUUCUGAAUAAAUAUGAUAUGUAUUUAAAAA